AUGAACUAUUACGCUGUCUUAGAAGGCAAAAAUGCUGGAGUUUAUGAUAGUUUCGAUUGGAAAGAUGUUGACGGAUAUAGCAAUACUGAAUAUAGAAUGUUCGAUUCUGAAAUAGAUGCCCUCGAAUAUGUUACCAAGGAAGGGGAAAUAGAAAAUGUGUUUGUAAAUGGAGCCGGUUGGGAAUAUAAUAGGGGCACCGAUCCAAGUGUUGGCUAUGGUGUGUACUAUGGACCAGAUGAUAAUCGUAAUACGGCUGUUUCGUUGAAUGAUGCUAAACAAUUGGAUAAGCCAUCCAAGCAACGUUCAGAGUUAGCUGCAGUAGUUCGUGCAUUAAGAAAUGUUAAUGAAGCUUUAUUGGAUGGAAUUGCUAGACGCCCGAUUCGAAUUCUUUCAGAUUCCGAAUAUUCAGUGAGAUGCUUUAAUGAAUGGAGCAAUAAAUGGUUACAAGAACUGCCACCGUGA